AUGGCUGCACUAGAUGAACCUGCUACCAACUUCACUGCUGAUAAUUUCCGUAGAGUGAAAGUCCUAUAUGAUUAUGACUAUCAUGACGAUCAUUCUGAUGUAUGGAUGAAAACUGAUGAGAUUUUUUAUCUGUUGAAUUCUGAUGGCAACGAAUGGUGGCAGGUCUGUAGACCGGACUCCCCGGAAAGCCCCUUUUAUGUUCCGUCCACUUAUGUCGAGAUACUAUCAAAUGUAAGUGGCUCCUCGACUUCACAACAACUAGGACAUGUAGGCAAUAACAUUCACAUAAAAACACAUAGUCUCUUAAAUGAAACUGUUAAAAACAACAUGAUGUCAACAUUCAAAGGUUCGGUUGACUCAGAUGAUAAUGAGUCGGAUUAUGUAAAUGUUAAUGCUCCUGAAAAUACAGAAGCAGAAAAUUCUGAUUCACAGUCACAGGAUAUAAAAGUGCAAUAUGUUUCGAGUAAUGUAAAUAGGCCAACACAAUUAAGUGUAGAUGAUAAUAAUGAUGAUUAUGUUAAUCUUGAACAGUUUAGAGAAGCUGCUGGUAUACCGUCAAUAAAUUCUUCAGAAUCACAUACUCCUCCGAGUCCAAAGAUUUCAUGGAUAAAGGUUUUAUUUCAAAGAAAGACUCCUGAAGUUGAGAGUGACUAUGCAAAUCUACAAAGCUUGGAAAUAUCAGAACCCAACACCCCGGAUAUUGAGCAUAGUGAGUUCCAGAAGACACUCUUAGACACCUGGGAUGUGUACCGGGAUCCAGCCAGUAAUCGGCUAUUUUAUGUGAAUAAAUACAGUCAAGAAAAGCAGUGGAAACCUCCACGAGGACAGUACCAUGAAGAACUUCAUAAAAAGAGAAGUAGAUCAUCUGGCGAGUAUGAAGAAGUGAUUUUAACUUCGUAUGCUAAUAACCGAGGUAACCGGAAAAGUCGCUCUCUUGACUACGGCAAACCUCAUAUUGUUAUACAAUCGGAAGUUCCCGAUGGUUGGACAUACAAUGUGAAAGACACAGGGGAAGAUGUGUUUAUAAAUAAUGAUACUAAACAAGAGUGGUAUCGAGCCCACGAUACAUAUGGGCGGAGCUAUUAUUACAGACAGUCUCGAGAUAUUGUUCAUAGCCAAUGGCAACUGCCGAGGAGUGGUAACAACAGUCCAACGAAGUCACCCCCUGCCGACAGUGAAAAUAAAUCCGAGUUUCCUGUUGCACCAAGUGGCCUGGUGCAGGGUCCACGGCCUGGGGACAGGUCUCAGGUAUCUGACAGAUUUGCAAAAUCUCGCUCUGUCAUGAUAGAAAAUUUGCAUUUCAAUGCUCCGCCCGUCAACACAGGACCGCCUCCUCCAAAAUCGGCAACUUUGCCACCAAAUUUCACGGCACCUAUACCUGAAGAUCUUUCUGUAGAAGGCGUGGUUACAGGCCACUCCCACUUCCAUACAGGCCACUCCCAACUCCAUCAUGACAAUCAUCACCCGCAGGCCGUAUUUCAAACUGUUAAUAUUAACGAACCUAUAGAAGGCUUCUUGAAUAAAUGUAAAUUUAUAAAUGGCAAGAAACCAUCAAAAAAGUGGGCCAUGACAUAUGUGAAGCUCGGAGGCUCUAACCUAGUAUUCUACAAAGACCAGAAAUCCUCUCAACCUAAAGCAGGAGCACCUCAUGGGAAAUAUGACCAGCUUGUUACCUUGGCAACGUGUACAGUUGAUAAAGAUACAGAAAAAUACACCAGCAAGAAAAAUACCAUUGGGAUAACUUGUCCUGAUUGUCAGAUAUUAUUGCAAGCUGAUGAUGAAUUAAAAAUGCAGGAAUGGUUUAUGAAAAUACAUACACGGAUAAAAGAACUGGGUGGUUCUCCUGACACUCCAGGCUCCAGUCAACCUAGUAUGUCAACACUCACACCAGAACCUGAAAAAGUUUCCAGGAAACCUUCAUUUAAAGAUAAAGGUCACAGUAGAAAACCGUCUGACUCUGGAACAUUAGAAAGAAAAGGGAAAAUUAAGAAUGUGUUGGAAAGGUUUAUGAGCAACAGAAGUGAGAAGGAGAAACUUAUCAAAAAGGGUAUAUAUAAAGAUGCUGUGUUUGGUUCAGAUAUCAAGCAGUUAUGUGCCAAAGAAAAAAUGAAAGUGCCAAUGUUUGUUAUAAAGUCAAUAGAAGCUAUUGAAAGAAGAGGUUUAGAACAUGAAGGUAUAUAUAGAAUAGGUGGAAAUAUAUCUCAGAUACAGAAAUUACGAUGUAUGGUAGAUCAAG